AUUUCAGAAGUAUUCCUCACUCUCAAAAGUACAUUUUGGUGCCAGCAUAAUGUUUGAAGACUGAAGCAGCCUAAAAGCUCCUGUUGAUGGAAUUUGAGAUCUCUGAAGAUGUUCCCAGUAAUUUCCAGCCAUUGCCUUUGGUGGGGUAGGCUUCAGAGGAGUAUCUGCCUGAACCAAGCAGUGCUAAACAGGCAGCACUUACAGCAUGUGCACAUCAGAGUUGGAGACCGGGCUGAACUCAGUAGGGCCUUCACACAGAGGGAUGUGGCUAUCUUCUCAGAAUUAACAGGGGAUGUCAAUCCUGUGCAUUUGGAUGAAGAUUUUGCAAAACACACCAGAUUUGGAAAGACGAUUGUACAUGGAGUUUUGAUCAAUGGACUUAUUUCAGCUCUCCUAGGUACUAAAAUGCCAGGGCCAGGCUGUGUAUUUCUUUCCCAGGAAAUUAACUUUCCAGCCCCUUUAUAUGUUGGGGAAGUUGUUUUAGCUUCUGCAGAAGUGAAAAAGUUGAAGCGGUUCCUUGCUAUUAUUGCAGUGUCAUGUUUUGUAGUAGAAAGUAAAAAGACUGUUAUGGAAGGCUGGGUUAAAGUUAUGGUCCCAGAAGCUCCCACAUCCUGAAAUAUGUCUUUAAAGAUGCAAGUUCAGGCAUCAAUGUUACUAUUAUUGAAGAGCCUCUGAGGAAAACAGGGAUUGCUGUUCUUUACCAGGGAGGGGCUGAUAGACCCAUAAACCCACAUUGGUGGAGGGGAGCUGGUAGAGGGGUGUUCCAUUGUCCACUUAUGCUUUGGCCUUAUGCUUCACACAGGCUUAAGUAUAUUUAUCAUCUGUCUAGGUUUCUAAAACUGAAAAAAUAGGGAAUUCCCUGAUGGUCCAGUGGUUAGGACUCUGGGCUUUCACUGCCGUGGGUGCGAGUUUAGUCCCCGGUUGGGGAACUAAGAUCCCGCAAGCUGUGUGACACAGCCAAAAAAAAACCAAAAAUAAAGUGACUAGAGGAAAUCAGAGGUGGGCUUCCUUGGUGGCACAGUGGUUAAGAAUCCACCUGCCAAUGCAAGGUUCACAGGUUCGAGCCCUGGUCCGGGAAGAUCCCACAUGCCGUGGAGCAAGUAAGUCUGUGCGCCACAACUACUGAGCCUGCUCUCUAGAGCCUGUGAGGAACGACUACUGAGCCCACGUGCCACAACUACUGAAGCCCGCACCUAGAGCCCGUGUUCCGCAACAAGGGAUGCCACCGCAGUGAGAAGCCCGCGCACCACAACAAAGAGUAACCCCCGCUCUCUGCAACUAGAGAAAGCCUGUGUGCAGCAACGAAGACCCAAUGCAGCCAAAAAUAAAUAAAUAAAUUAAUUAAUUUAAAAAAAAGAAAAUCAUAGGUGAUUCUAAGGUUGGACAUUGUAUCCAGGCUCCCAUGAGGUGCCAUUAAAAAAAAAAAAAAAAAACUGAAAAAAUAUUGGGAGAGUUAUCAUUUAGCUUAAUGUUCUACUUUUAGGAUUUCAAACCUGAUUAGAUUUGCAUUUGGAUAAGGUAAACCUACCUAUAUCUGUGUAGAAUAAGUUUCUCACUGAAUUUAUAACUAGCUAGCAUUUAAUUAUUGAAGGCAAUGAUAGAAGAUAGGUCAUCUUUGAACACCUAUCUUUUACCAGUAAAUAUUCUUAGAUCCUGUUCUUCAGCAGUUUCGGGGUCAGAGUUUAUUGUAAUUUGUUACUGUUUACACCAAGAUGGUAAUUUGUUCAAUGUUCAGUGUCACUUGCCCUUCAGUUGGUUUUCCUGUUAUCGGAGGAGGGCUUAUGUGCAGAUUUGGACUCAGUUAUGUAAGCUCUCUUGGUCUCAUGUAUAAAACAGGGAUAAAAACACCUACCACCCGGGAUUGUUGGAGGUGACAGAUACAAAUAGUUUAGCUUAUAAACAGUAGCUACUACUAUUGCCCAUUCUCUUCUGUGAAUAAGGUUAGAGGUUUUCCUGAGUUUGGUGCUAACUGGCCAAAAGUUAGAGAACAGACCAGUCUUUCAGGAUGUCAGCCAAUCUCUAUUGGUAUUCUAAACUUGGAAUAGAUCUUGAAUGCAAAGCUCCUAUUUUAGUAAUCCAGAUUUUUUUAAUCUCUCCCUUGAAAAUACUGUGGGGUCCCCCCCCUUAUAUAAAUAAUAUAUGCUUUUAUUUAAAAAAUUAUAAGGUAAAACAUUUAAGGAACACUGUGGAGGCCAAAUUCUUAAAAGAGUUGAUGGGUAUUAGAGAGGAAAUGUGCCUAUGUGUUAUUACUAACUGGUCAUGCCCAACAUAGCCAACACUAUUAAGACAAGAAUCUGUAGUAGAACAUACAGGUGGUCCACCUGUGCUCUGUAGCUUUAGAUGGUGGCUCAGACCACAGCUAGAUGCUUUGAUCAGGAAGGUAAGAUCAGGUUUAAUUGGUUGCAUAAACCAACAUUUCCUGGAAAAAGAUUUUUUCUUUCUGCUGGUGGAUGAGUAACUAGAUUUUUUAUUUAUUUUUUUACAUCAAGGGUAUCAGUUAGAUUACUAGAAGGAAUUAUUCUAGUCACUAGAGGGCAGUGAUGUGUAUAAAUAAAGAGAGUAUUUUAAACUUUAAUACUGUACCAUACUCUAGUUUGUGUUGGUGAGAUGAAAAUACCAAAAUCAGAGUGAGAAGCAAGGAUGCCAUUAUCAUGAGUUUCAAAAUGGACAGCAUGUGCAGGUUUAGAUCCACCUGAAGAAGGUGUAUUUAUAGGUGAAACACUAUACAUGCCAAAAAUUUGAUGUGACAUUGAAAAACAAAAUGGGGAACUUGAGUCACAAAAUAGAGACUUGAUACUAAGACUGUAUACUCCUGCAGAACUCAUUCUCUGGGACUUAGCAGCAGUCCUGAAGCAUGGGUUCCUAAGUAGAGUGUAAUGUAAUCAUUAAUACUAUAAGCUACCAUUCUUUCAAUGAUAAGCCAAUUUUCUACAUUAAUUCUAAUCCUUAAAACAGUUUUAUGAAGUUAAUGUUCCAUUUUACAGGCAGGGAAGCAGACUGAUGUGGUGUGACUUGCCCAAGGUUGUACAGGUAGUAUGCAGUGGAGCUGGGACUCAAACAGCCCUGCCUGGCUCCAGGGCAUUUUUCCCAUCACCCUGUGGGUCUUAAAAUGUUCUCAUAGCGGAACACUGUCAGUUUCUAUAAUGAUAUCUUGUUAUGUGGCAGUAAAGCAUUUGGAACCACCAUUCUGUAUAAUUCUGCUUAUAUUCAGAAUGUUCUAGAUCUUAUUCCCUUGCUACAGUUGUGGUGUUUUCCUCUUUGCUGUUACUUGAUGGCUUCUACCCAUACCUAUUGCCUACACUUUUUCUAAGCUGACAUUCAGUGAUUAUUUGUCUUCAGAGAAGAAUUACUGAAAGAGUUAUUCUAAAAAUGAAAAAUCAUGUGCAAGUCAAGUAUGGUGGGGAGGGAUGUAUGUCAGAUCUGGCAGAUAGCUGAUUAAUACUCUGUAACUUAAAGUAGCUUCUCAAUAUGAGCAUUUCCUUUUUUUUUUUUUUUUUUUUUUUUGUGCUCAGUAGAUGUCAUGGUCUUCUUUGUAAGCCAGUGAUCUUUGUAAACCAGUAAAAAGUUGGAAUAGAGAAGCAGGCAAGAAGUUAGGGAUACUUCUCUGUACACGAUGACUUGUUAUUUUUACUCAGAGCCAAGAUUCUCAGACCUCUCAUGGUCUGUUAAAGCUGACUAACAAAAACUAGCUGGUUGGCUUUUUCAUUUUGAGCUCUGUACAAGUUGCCAGAAAGAAUGACUCUUCUAAUGAAAACAUGGGUGACCCUCAAAUCAGGAAGUCCUCUCCCAGGUAAUUGCGAAGUGGCUUUGACUGUACAGGGUCACAAGUGGAAGUGAGUACAAAAGUACUGACAUAAAAUAUGAGGCCAAAUUGUACUAGCACUUUCCACAUAGGGGCAUUAUAAGACUUCAAUUUAUGUAAUUUUUUUUUAAACAUUUUUUUUCUUUUUAUACUACAUAAGAAAUGUUUUUUUUUUAAAUUUUAUUUAUUUAUUUAUUUAUUUAUUUAUGGCUGUGUUGGGUCUUCGUUUCUGUGUGAGGGCUUUCUCUAGUUGUGGCAAGUGGGGGCCACUCUUGAUCGCAGUGCACAGGCCUCUCACUAUCGCGGCCUCUCUUGUUGCGGAGCACAGGCUCCAGACGCGCAGGCUCAGCAAUUGUGGCUCACGGGGCCAGUUGGUCCGCGGCAUGUGGCAUCUUCCCAGACCAGGGCUCGAACCUGUGUCCCCUGCAUUGGCAGGCAGAUUCUCAACCACUGCGCCACCAGGGAAGCCCUAUGUAAUGUUUGAUUGCCACAGAAAUAUAUACCCAUCUUAAGCAAUUUCAGUCUAAUGUACUGGAAAAUUGCUUAACAGAUUUUUAUAUUCUAUUAGAAACAUUUCCAUAUUGGUGAAGUGCCACUCAUUUCUUUUUCUGAGCAGCAAAUCUUAAGUAGCAGCAGGGAGAAAGCCUCACCACAGCCACCAUUCAUCUUGUGUAUUCAGCUAGAAAAAGAAGAAACUGCUAAAUGCACAUUCGUACCUCUUAGGUAACCACAGGUUUUCAUUUUGUGCUGAAUUAUUAGUCAUUUUUCUUCUAUGUUCUCAGAGUAUGAUUAAGAGACCAAUUUACUCCCAAAGAAAAUAGCUACUAAAUUACAUCUAUUAAGUUUUUAUAUUAAAACAUACUCUACCAAAGGUUGAUAGUCACUCAGCAGUUGUGCCACUCUGAAUGCCUCAUGUACUGGCAUAAUUUAUUAACUGGCUCUAUUUGAACAGAAUGCAAGUGCUGUGGAAUUACUCUUGGGCUGCAGUUGAAUAUCUCCAGUGUCCCAGAUGUUUCACUUCCUUUGUUCUUGGCUUUUCUUCAUAUGGAUUAUAAACACAGCAGAGACUAGAAUUCUCGACAUCUUCAGAGAAAUUUUGAGUUGGAGCAAAAUCGUAAGAAAACCCAAGACAAAUGUGGACACUACAUAAAUAGAACAGGAUUAAUAGAAGGCUCCACAAGCCGUCGAUUUCUAGGCUAUAAUCAAUUUUUAGGGUGGCUCUUAGGUACGCCACAGUUCAUAUGACCUUAUAAACGCUGAGCAAAAUUCCUCUGUGAUGUGAUGGAAAAUAACACGUAAGGGAAGUAAGAAAGAUCAAAUGUGAGUUGUUUGAUUUAUCCAGAUCAUGAAUAUUUAAAGAAAAAUUCAUUCUGAGUUGGGAGGGGAUGCUGCUUAGGAAGCACUGAGUUUUUCACAAGCUUCUAUGUCUUGAUUUGUAGAGCAGUUGCCAGGUCUAGAAGCAACCUCACUAAAACUCAUUAUCUCCAGUCAGUCUGGCCAAAUGUCAAGCUGUUAGAUAAACAACCUGUGGGCCAUCUAAACAUUUGGCAACAUACAAGAAUGUAAAUUUUUUUUUCCCCCUGCCAUCCCUGAGUAGUGUAUGUGGCAACAACUAAGGUACAGCAUACCUCAUUUGCUUUACCCAGCAUGAGACUGGAAGCAAAGUUGAUUUGAUUCAGAUCAGCUCUGGACUGGGGAGUUGCCCCACCUUCAGUAUGAGCCACUUCAAAAGCCAAAUGGAUAGCGAGACUGUCAUAGGAUUGGGGCCAGGUCUCCAGAGGAUCUAUUUAGUAUUUAUUCUGAGAGGCUUACUUUAGUCAAAAAUUUCUAGAGAAUGAGAAAGGCUAGAUUGAGAGUUAGUCUGUGGCUUCAUUUCAUCAAAUAUAUGGUUUCUCAGUUUUGUUUUCAUAGGAAGACAACAGGCUGUCACUUGAUGACCUUUGCAACUCAGUUAUAUAAUACCAUUAUUUUUCUCCUAAUCAUACAAAUAUCUUCACUAGAGACAUUUUGAAAAGUGCAAGAAAACAAAAAAAUAGAAAGCAUGAUUCCACUUGCUAGAGACCCUCAGUUAAUACUUUGGUGGGCUUCCUUCUGGUGUUUUUCCUAAAAUAUAUUUUUAAAUCUUGGGAUCAUAAAAUGUAUAUAUUGCUUUUUUCUACUUACUGUUAUAUCUAGAGCAUUUCCCAACAUCAUUCAACAUCCUUUGAUAAUCUCAUUUUUAAUCAUUGCAAAAUAUUCUGUUUAUGAUUGUACCAUGAUUUGUCCAAUCUCCUACUGUUAGAUAUUUCCUUGAGUGCUAUAUAUUUGCACUUGUCUCUGAUUAUUUCCUUAGGAUACUCUCCUGGAGGUGGGAUUACUGCGUGAGAACAUUUUCAAAGCCCUUGAUAUGUGUUGUCAAAUCCCAGUUCCUAGUGCCAGGCCUAUUACAUGCUUAAGUACUCAGUAAAUAAUUGUUGAAUGCAUAAAUGCCUUUUGGAAAGGUUGGACCAAUUUAUACUCCCACCAGCGGUAUGCGAGAAGAGCCUUGUCUUGAUCAGCCCACAUGAUAGGAAUAAUGAUUAAAGCAGAAUUUUGGUUUC